AUGAGCAAAGCAUUCGACACUGUGAACAGGAAGACCUUGAUUGAAGACCUAAAACAUAUAGUAAAUAAAGAAGAACUGUACAUACUAUCAAAGAUGAUCAAUGACACAGAAAUCCAAGUGAAAAUAGAUGGAGAAGUUGGACAGCAAUUCCGAACAACUGAAGGGGUAGCUCAAGGCGAAGGACUAAGCCCCAUUCUAUUUACUCUAUACCUAGCCAAGGCCUUCAAAGAAGACAGCACAACCUACCCAAGUCAAGAUCACAACUACACAAGCAAUGCACCAGAAAUACAUCAACUAGGCUUUGAGAUGGAAGAGCAGUAUGCAGAUGAUUGUGGUUGGAUACAUGAAAAUGCAGAAAAAGGAAAACAGAAAAUAGAGAAAACCAUCACCAGGCUAAAAGACAGAAAUCUGAAUGUGAACAAUGACAAGACUGAGAUAUUCAAGAUUAAGAGAGGUGAGACAACUGAUUGGAAAAAAUGCAAAAUCCUAGGAAGCUACCUUGACACAGAAACUGACUAUGAAAACAGAAGAAGAUUGACAAUAACCGCGAUGUCAAAACUGCAACAUAUUUGGACAAAAGGAAAAAGCAUCACCACCAAGAAAAAGAUACUAUCAAGUUUAGUAGAGCCAAUCUUCCUGUACAAUGCUGAGCUAUGGAACGUCACCACCACUCUAGAAAAGAAAAUAGCAGGCUUCCAACAUCGAAUUCUGAGAUGGAUGCUAGGAGUAAAAUGGCAAGAAAAGAAAAAGAACACAGAAAUUGACAAGAUUGCUGUUAUGACAUCAUGGGUGGACAAAAUCAAAGAAAAACGAAGAAGAUGGACGGGUCACAUGCUGAGACUAGAUGAUGAAACACCUGUAAAGAAGGCUUUAAGAGAAGCUAGAAGACCUGGAAGAGCCCAUAGGGGAAGAAAAAAGUACAUAUGGAUAACACAAACAAUGACCAAAGACUUUAAAGAUAUGCAGUUAGAUGGAUGGAAUGAAGCUGAAAGAGCGGUGCAGGAUCGAGUGUUGUGGCGAAGAACAGUCAAACGAAGCCUGAGAAACUAA